AUGUCUUUCUCCUGGGUAAAAUACUUCGCCGGCGAGCGAGCGUCCUUCCAACGAGAGAUGAACGACCUAAUCGAAACGCUCAAAACACAAACAGGGCAAGAGUACCACGUAGCGCGUUAUAUCGACGCCAACGUGCAUUGCCUGGAGGAUAUGUUUAUCAAAAAUCCAAAAAGCCCACGCAGCUUCUGUUUUCCCCGUAAUCUCGCUCUUCUCCUGGACAUAUGCGAGAAGCAAGCGAAGCUGCUGCGGGAUAAGCAUGACCCGAGUCGGGCCUGGAAGGCGGUCAUUGCGUUAGAGCUGGCGGCGUUGCGCAUGGGGCGGAUGACGCUGACGGGGGACUUUGAAGGAGACGAGGAGGCGUCACAGAAUGAAAGGUAUGCGGUGCUGAAGGAGCGCGAUUGGGAACGGACGGGCGUUUUUUUGGAGAGUCGAGAGCUAUUGGCGAAGAGAGCACUACAGAGAAUCAUUUGGAAACAAUUGGCCUUUGCGAAGGUGAAGGAUUGUAAUUGUCCUCGUUGUAAUGACAAGCUUCCGGGGCGAACCUGGAUCUAA